GUGGCUGCCUCGUUGCUCUGCUGCGCUCCUCAAACCGCAUGCACAGGCGCAACUCAUAAUUCGUCAUCGGCCCCGCGCCGCCUCGUGUCCUCAUGUCGACUGAGUCCGAGAGGACGCUUUAAAAUUGGCUCGUGGGGCAUGAACCUGCCCUUGGUUUGUCUCGGCCUCUCGUUCCUGCUCCUGUCCCGCAGACGCCGAACUGACCGCUCUCUUGCCGUGCCGUUGCAGACUCGGACAUGGACUACAUUCUCCGCCGCUGCAGUAUCUGCUUCGAUGCCAACCUCGACUUUUUCUUGCAAAACUGCAAGGACCAGUUUUGCAAAAGCUGCUUUCAGCGCUACGUUCACGAAAAUGUCAAAAACAGCUGGGGCCUCGUCGUCCAGCCCAUCAAGUGCCCUGUCUGCAGUGAUGUGAUUCCCAAGAACGAGUGGGAGCGUUACGUCGAUGCCAAACUCGUCCGCCAGUUCGAGCGCAACAACAAGCCCUUCCGUCCGUUCAUUCGCCACUGCGACUCGUGCCGCACCGACAUUUGCUGUGCCGAGAGCCCCGUCUUUUCCCGCCGGGAGCGCAAGCAAGUCUUUGGCGACAUGUAUGCUCUGCUACAGCGGAUCGUGAGCCGCUCGAGCGAUCGCCAAAUCCUCGACAAGUUCCAAACCGACUACAAGCAAUCCCUGAGCGCCGGCAAUGUCGACCAUGUGCUGGUGUACAAGAGCAUGAUCAAGUCGCUCAAAGACAUUGUCUGUGCCAGAUAUCGUGGCAACAUGGAUGCUGUCGAGGCCAGUCCCGAAUGGUCCGUGAUGGCCCUGUUCUCCCGACGGUUCACGGCCAUCGAAAUGCAGGCGAGCCAAUGGAACACUCUCCAGUUCCUCCACGUUUCCAACUUUCCCCGGGCCUCAUGUGCAUCAUGCUCCACAGAGCUGUGCUUCCUUUGUGGGGAACAAUACCAUCCGCAAAAGUCUUGCCACGAACACAUGCAAGAUCUCCUGGCUCACCACGAGGGCUCCGAAGAAGUACAGGCUAAUUUGUCCUGGAAGCUGGAGAACAGCAAGCGAUGUCCAUCUUGCUGCAUCCUGAUUACGCGGGACGAAGGAUGCAACAAAGUAUCGUGCCUCUAUUGCGGAUACCAGUUCUGCUGGGUGUGCUGUGGCAAGUUCAACGACGGCGACUGCGGGUUCUACAAAUGUAGCCUGUCCUUGGACGAACCUGAUAUUCCGCCAGACCUGAGCGACUUUCAGACCGAGCUCGGUGUCCCUGAUAUGACCGUCAUUGGCGCCAAGCUCAAGCUUUGAGCAGUCCUGUGGUAUUUCCAGCAUAUCCACUCCGUGGUGCCUCAGCCAUUCUGUGUGCUGCUGCUGAAUCGAUAUGCACCUCCUCUACCUCAGCCGAGGGGCGAAAGACAACGACAUCCAUUCCAGUUAGCCGGCUCCGACCUUGCCAAUAAGGAGUCCGCUCCACUCUCGCCAAGCUAAUCGCCCCUUUGGAACGAACCGUCGCCACAUCUCGAUCAAUCCCCCGUCGUCUCCCUCAGCCCGAUCGACCGUUCCCGCCGCCUUCCCAACCACGUUUCUUUUCUGUAUGUACUUUGCCCACCAAAUCCUUCCCUCCCACGCACCUAUCCGCCUGUUCUCAACCACCUCACCGAUAUUUGAUGUUUGCCGUGCGUGUAUACAUCUUGUAUUUUCGCUUCUUCUAUCUUCAAAAUAUGCGGAUAUACCCCACCAAAACAAAGCCCAUCCGAAUGCAGC